UGGAAAAUCAUCAGUGUAUCAAAUCCUUAUUUGCUCCACUGUAACACCCCAAACAGGAGCUGAUAACUUUUACCUGUGACAAUGACACAAAAUGUGAGCAACAACACGGGCCCACGCUGGAUCUGUGAAGUGGGAGGAGGGCAGCGUUCUCAGUUCUGUCUGAGGGGGGUACAGUGUGAGACUGAAAACCCCUGCUGUGAAUUUUCACCCACAGCACUAAUUCGUUCGUCCUCCAAUCACAGCACAGCGUUAGCCUUCAUCCACAGGUGAACAAGUGUGGCACACGUGAUGUUUCUGUCCCGAACAGACAAACUGACUCAGUGCAGAUGCCACAGGAAACAUGAAAACCACGUGUUGAGUAACACGCGUUGGUGUAACAGAGCUACUGGGCAUCAUGAUCUACUUUUUACUGGAGGCCUUGAACAGUCAAACAUAAAACUGACACAGCUGGUGAGGAGAAAAGGGAACCGACGACGGAGGAGUCCGAUAUCAGCAGAGCCAGCACAUCCCAGAGUCUUAUCACACUUCCUGUGUCAAGACGCAUUCCUUGGCUUCCCUCUUCAGGUGGACACGGGCCGACAGUCUUUCAGGAGCCGAGGGUCUUUUUCACAAUGCAGCUCUUCCUCCUCCUCAUCCUCCUGCUCCAUGCCGCCAUGGUUACAGCAAUGGCCGGUUGCCACAGCGACCGGGACAAGGACCACCGGCCAAGGGAGAACUGCACAGCGGCUGGAUACAGUGACAUCCCAGUGGGACUCGAACUCACGACCAAGGUUCUUCUGUUUCCUGGGAACCUGUUCUCCAGUCUGUCCUGGACCUCCUUCCAGAUCUUUACAGACAUCUAUGAGAUCGACCUCACGGGCAACAAGGUUCCAGAGGUGACCCCCAGCGUGGCUCCGAUCCUGCCCAGCCUCAGUGUUCUCCGACUGGGCGCGAACUGUCUGACGUCCCUCUCUGAUGGCUCCUUCUCGGCCUGCCCUGCUCUGACUGAACUCUACCUGCACAGCAACGCCAUUGACUCUCUGAGCGACCACACCUUCUCUGGACUCAGCAAACUGGAGAUCCUGGACCUGUCAUCCAAUCACAUCACGGUGCUUCCUGAGCUCAUGCUCCACCCCCUCCAAGCCAUAAAAACCCUCUUCCUGGAGAGCAACCAGAUAAAGGUGAUGCCAGAUAAUUGGUUCAGCAAAAAGAAGGAGGUUCCAUACCUCUACCUGUCAGCCAACCCCUGGGCCUGCUCCUGUUCCCUGGAUUACCUGCGCAGAUACCUCGACAACUACGAAGCCAACAUCUACGUCCGGGAUGGCCUGAUCAUCAGUGCCGACGUAGAGAGUGUGGUGUGCGACUCUCCACAGCAGCAUAAGGGUAAACCUGUAAUAGAGCUGGAAGAAUCUGAUCUGUGUUCACUAGCAACAGAAUCGAUUCCACCUGGCGACUUCUACCAGCCAGUUAGUACUGCCUGUCCCUAUGAGACGACAACUCCUGUAACAACUAUUGCCUUUAUUUCUUCCUCACCUCCUCCUCCUCCUCCUCCUCUUCCUCCUACCACUCCCGUUACAACUAGUCCUGCUCUUGCUACCACUUCCACUGCUACGCCAGCUGUCACACAACUCGUCGUCACAUGGUCCUGGUACCAAACCUUCACCAGUUUCAUUGAAUGGUCAGUGAGUUCAGGGUCAAAGGUCACAGUAGAGGAGUCAUUCACUAGGUCAAAUACCUUGGAUACUCACCUUCCUGCUGUCAGACUCUCAACUCAAAGUCCCGCUAACAUGACGACAGCUACACCAACAAAACCCAGCACGACCAAAUCUGUUCCUUCCACUGUGACAUCUACAACACAGAAGCCCCAGGUAGUUACAGCGGCCUUCGCCAUUGAAGCAACGCCGCGCCCUUCACCGGUGAUUGACAAAGUUGUCGGUGGCCAGGGACGAGGUAGAAUCAGCACUGCCAGAGCCGCAGCGGUGUUUUGCUGUUGGCUCUUCGCAGGGUGCUUGCUGCUGUGCUUGGCGUCAGCAACAGGCACCCUGGUGACCCUGGUGAUGCUUGUCAUCUGGUACAGGAGGGUGUACAAGCCGCUGAGCAUGGCGCUGGCGAGGACGAGAGGAGCUAGUCAGGGAGUGAGGCUAUUAGCAUGCAGGAGGGGGGAGGAGAAGGAGGUGGCAGCAGGAGGAGUAAAGCCCCUGUACCGCUCUGUUCUGUAUGUCCACAGAGAGGGAGGAGAAGUUAUAGAGAAGGAAGAGGAGGAAGGAGGAGGAGGGAAAGAAAGACUCCUUGUUAAUCUGGAGCUGACAGGAGGAGGAGGAGGAAUGACAGGAGAGGACGAAGGAAGGAGGGAGGAAAGAGGAGUGUACAGGAAGACGCUGUAUCGUCUAUUAAGCAAAGAGGAAGAAAUAGAGGGAUGGAGGGGUGUGGAGGAGGAGUGCCGGGUCUCUAGAGAGGAUGGAGGGAGGAGUGGAGGGGGAGGAGCUUCCAGGAAGCGCUACAGCGUGAUUCUGAGGGAGGAGAGAGACGAGGCAGGGGGAGGGAGGGAGGAGCUGGACUGGGUGGUUGGAGGGUGGGAGGUAAAACAAGGAGAAGGGGCAAGGGGGGAAGAGCCCAGGAGCAGCUGGGGCGAGUGGCUGGCACACUACUUACCCAGCAUGCCCUGGGGGGUGAGCACACCUCCUGAGGGCGAGGCAGCGCAGUGACAUCAGACGGCAAGAAAUGUGACCAGGAAGUGUUUUGUUCAUCGUCUCUGUGGAGUUCACGUUUGAUCUAAGGCAAAGAGCUCGACCUGAUGCCGACUUGUUCGGGUUAUUGAUAAAGUGAAACAAUAUCUGAUCAAUAGCUGAUUCGUUUGUCCAGCACCAAAGAAAAAGUACAGCUCCUGUAAAACCAUCAGUAAUGUGGCAGCAGGGCAGUGGUGCUGCCACCAUUAUUAACAUACAUCUACCCAGAGGUUUUUAUGACGACCGCUGGCAGAAACUCCCAGUGUCUCAAACUGGGAAUGAGAAUUCCCACACGGCUCCUCAUUAGUUUAAACAUGAGCAUGUCGUCUGGUUUCAUCCGUGUGAAGUGACAUAACCUCAGAGUCGUUACCGUGACAUUUGUACUGAAUGUACUUAUAAUCAAUCUGCCUUCCUUUGGUCACAUACAGUAGCUUGUGAGAGAUGAUUCAAUAUUAUUGUUUAGAAUCAGAGACAACUUUGGAAACUGUGGCUCCAAACAAGCUCAUGUUUACAUAAAGAUUAGCCAAACUAACUACAUGAUCAGCUGUGAGUACGUGGUGGUGCUGCUGAGAUACUAGUACUGAAGUAACCAGCAUCUGAUCGACUGCUGGAUGUUUGGGAUAGCGACUAUGAACCGUCCUCAUCUGUCAGGUUACUGCCACAUCAGCCUGAUGAAGCUGGGAAACGGUUCCCACAGCUGGGGGCCAGGUUUUGGAGACGACACUCAACACAGUGCGUCACAACUUACUGUGGUUCUCUGCCUGACUCCUGUUUGUCGAUGCUUUCAAUUGACUCGUUUAAUAAAAGGACUUUAAGUCUUGACCUCUCAUUGUUUUAUUUCUGAACCAGUUAUUGUUCUUUCUACAGAGACAAGUUCUGUACGUUGUCUCUUUCUUUGACCAACACGUUUUGAUUAUUUGACACUUGUACACAGAUUUCUUACAGUACUUCAGUUUCCUCUCUGAUUAAAUGUCCAUGGAACACGAUUGCUUUGCU